UGCUAGCUUAGUGAGGUAACUUUUUCUUACCUAUGCACAAAAUGUCUAUUUACAAGCUUGAUUCUACAACUAAACUGCUAGCUCUUUAGACAUCUCUUUCUGUCUGUGUCAUUCUACUGAGCUAGUCUGCCUUUCUCUUGAGCGCCUCUAAGCCCACGAGGGCUCCUUAGCUCUCUCUCUUUUCUAGAAUUCUGUUUUAUCUGUGUCCUGCCAGGUGCUUCUCAGUGAUUCCUGUUAGUAUUCUGUCUAAGCUCCACCUCCACAGUUACCUGACAAUCUUCUCUGUCUACCAAGUCUCAGUACAAUAUUUCAGCCUCCCCUCUGUAACCUUGCUGUAUUUUGUGAGACUCCCCUCUGUAACCUUGCUGUAUUUUGGCUUGUGCUGUGUUUGUUUUGGUUUGUAUGUUUUGAGCCUGGAUCUGCUGUAACCAAGGCUGGGCUGAAACUCACUAUGUAGCCAGCCAAAACUGACCUUAGACUUCUGAUCCUCUCGCCUCCUAUCCCUAAGUGCUGAGUCUGCAGGCACAUACUACCACACACAAUUUGUGUGGCACAGAAGAUGGAACCUCAAACUCUGUGCAUGUGAAACAAACACUUUACCAAACUAGCUACAUGUUCAGUUCCCUUGAUGGGUUUUAAUAGGAAGAAUGUUAAUUUCCACCUGUUAGUGGCAAUCUAUAAAGUGUUUGUUGCAGUUUUACUCUUAAUCCAGCUAACUCCUAAGUAAUUGAGACUGGACUAUUAUAUUGAUUUAUCAAGCUUUAAGGGCACAACAACUGAGCAGUAUUUGACAAGGACAUAGCCAUGUCAAAAUCCCAGUGAUACUUGCAUUUUAGUACUGAUCUGCCUCUCUGGGCUCUAGAUCUUUCUGCAUGUCUCCUGGACUCUCUCCGAAUGGUUAAUCCCCAUUUCCUCUCUCUGUCUCCUCCUCCCUGGCUGGGAAAAUGUCCAGUCCUAUUUUCUCCCCUGUUCAGUCAUUGACUGAUCAGCUUCUUUAUUGACCAAUCAGAGAAUAAUUGGGGAAGAAUUUUUGCAACCAGAUAUAGGGGCACAGAAAUCAACAUUUGAACAGUACAAAGACAAUCUUCACACACUGUAGAGUAACAUUUUGCUGAUUACAUACCCCUCUAUAGCAACUAGCCAUCCAGUCUGUGCUACCUCCACUGAGUCUCUGGCUGUGAGAUACUUCAGGGGCCUGAGAGCUGUCUCCUAAUUAGACAAUGGAGCUUUGGGAACAAGGCUCAGGUCACCAUGCAGAAAGGGUGUACCUAGGACAAGCUGCUAAAGGAAGGAGGGAUGCUUCCCAGUCUGUACCUUCCAGUCCCUCUUCUUCCUUAUGCCCUAGAACCACCCCCAUCUCCACCAAUAUCAUCAGCCUCAGGGGAAGCUCUGGGGGCUCUGGAUGGAGUGAAUGCAUUUUCACUGGGAAAAAAAAAGUCACUCAAAGACCAAGCCAACGGAGGACAGCACAGAAAAAGGCCCAGGGUCGAUUCUUCCUGCUUGGAGACCUGUGGAUGAAUGACUGCUCCCUGAACAUCAACGAGAUCAGAAAGGAGGAUGAGGGGUCAUACUUCUUUCGCCUGGAGAGGGGAAAGACAAAGUUUAAUUAUCUUUGGAACAAGAUGACUCUGAAUGUGACAGCCCUCACUAACACCCCCCAUAUUCUUCUCCCGGAGACACUUGAAGCUGGCCAUCCGAGCAACCUGACCUGCUCUGUACCUUGGGACUGUAAAGGGAGUGCACACCCCAUCUUCUCCUGGACUGGUACCUCUGUGUCAUUUUUGAACACCAACACCACUGGUUCUCCAGUGUUAACCGUCAUCCCCCAGCCCCAGGACCAUGGCGCCAACCUCACCUGUCAGGUGACUCUGCCUGGAACUGGCCAGGUGACCACGAGAAUGACUGUCCGCCUCAACGUGUCAUAUGCUCCAAAGAAUCUGACAGUGACCAUCUAUCAAGGAGGUGACUCAGUAUCCACAAUCCUGGAGAACGGCUCAUCUGUUCCUAUCUCUGAGGACCAGCCACUCCGUCUCAUCUGUAGCACCGACAGCUAUCCCCCAGCAAACCUAAGCUGGUCCUGGAAUAACCUGACUCUGUGUCCAUCAAAGUUGUCCAAACCAGGGCUCCUGGAGCUGUUUUCAGUGCAUCUUAAGCACGGAGGAGUAUACACCUGCCAAGCUCAGCAUGCCCUGGGCUCCCAACACAUUUCCCUGCACCUGUCUCCACAGAGCAGUGCGACGUUAUCCGAAAUGAUGAUGGGGACCCUUGUGGGUUCAGGUGUCACAGCCCUCCUUUCCUUGUCUUUCUGCAUCAUCCUCUUGGCAGUAAGAUCCUACAGGAGGAAACCAGCCAGGCCAACUGUGGUAGCUCUGCAUCCCAAUGCCCUCAAGGCCUCAGUUUCUCAGAGUCCCCUGGUUGAAUCCCAGGCAGAUGACAGCUCUGAGCCCCUGCCUUCCACAGUUGAGGUGGCCUCCUUCUCCACAGAGGAGGAGAUACAUUAUGCAUCACUCAGCUUUCACGAAAUGAAGCCCAGGAACCCACGAGGGCAGCAGGACACUACCACAGAGUACUCAGAGAUAAAGUUCCACAAAUGACAGCAUGGCCAUGACCGUGGCUGGAGGGAGCAUGGCAGCCACAGGAGGCUGGCUCUGGAGAAGGGUUUGCCUAGGUUGGCAUGUGCUGCGCAGGACUUCAGAGACAUUCCUUUCAUGACACAGGUGUUCCGCUACUGCCCACGCCCCUGUACUGCCCUGUCCAACUGUUAUCUCUUUUCCCUCCCUAUACCUCUCCCUCCUUCUCUCACUCUCCCUCCCCUUCUCUCUCUUGUUUAUUCAAGAUAGGAUUACUCUGUGCAGCCCUGGAGCC